CCUCGUGGUGGCGCCGUCGUGCUACUCUGAAUGGGAGGUGGAAUGUACAACAGCGCCUCGUAGUAACAACAGAGUCGUCUUUCGCCCGUUGUGCCGCACCGUUUUCAGUAAGCCAGCAGGUCGUUUCAUCGACCAGUUCUGCUCACUGCCAUUGUCGGUGCAGCCAUGAUAACGUCAAGGUCCUUGGUGUUCCCCUUCGCCAUCUCUCUGAUCAUCUUGUGCGUUUUCAUCCUCAUACCCAGUUUAGAUGCGAAAUAUGUCGACCAGCAAGUGGUGAAGAAGCUUCGACAGAACUUGACUGAUUCCGCAAAGUAUGACAAGACCUACCAACCACUCAACAAAAAUUCGCCCGACACGAAAGUCAACUUCACAGUCUAUGCAAAGCAACUGAGGUACAUGAUGCCUGACUGGGACUACAUGUCGCUAUCAGCAUUCGUCUGCAUGCAUUGGAUCGACGAAGGACUUACCUGGGACCCGCGCGAGUACGACGAUAUAGAGGAGGUGACGUUCGGCGACAGCGAUGUCUGGACUCCGACGCUGUCGGUGCACGAGAGCUACGGCGUGUACGGCGUGCGCCUCUUCUCGGCCGUCAAGGCCGACCGGUACGGCAACGUCGUCUGGUGCCCCCUCGUCACGUUCGGCAUGCGCUGCUCCAUGGACCUGCGCGACUACCCGUACGACGAGCACCGCUGCGCCAUGAACGUCUCUUCCUGGGCGCAUGGCUACAAAGUCAAGCUGAUCGGCAAGCUUGCCAAGAAGACCUUCGACGAGUCUCAUCCGGACUGGACCGGUUACUUCGAGUCCAUGGAAACGACCGAGUUCAAGCACCCGGAGCAGGGCGCCGACCCCGUGCUCAAGUUCACGCUGUUCGUGAAGCGAAACUCUCCCGGCUACCACUACACCGUGGUGCUUCCCUGCAUGGCCGUGUCCAUCCUCACGCUGUUCAUCUUCUGGCUGCCGCCGUCGUCCGGCAAGAAGAUCACGCUAGGCUGCGCCAGCAUCGUCAUCAUCCUCCUCAUCAUCCUGGGCCUGAGGCACGACCUGGGUGAUUCCAUUCACGUACCCCUCAUCGUCAAAUACUUGGGCGUCACGUGCCUGGCCGUAGCCGUGGCGACUCUAAUCUCGGUGCUGGUGCUGAACAUGGUCAAGAGUCCGAUGGUGUUCCGGCCGCCCGAUUUCGUCGUCUCCCUACUCUCGGGCGUUGCGGGUCGCGUGCUGUUCCUAUGUCCGCUGCCUGCGCCUCGAGCCGCCGACCACGAACAGCUGGCGGACGCCACGUCUCCUCUCGACAAGCAGGACAUCAUCACGCGCCAGGAGUGGUUCCUGGUGGCUCAGGGCAUCGACCGCAUCGUCUUCAUCAUCUACGCCGUCUUCCUGCUCUCCUAUCAUGCCUGAUAGUUCAAGAAGAGACAGAGACCUGACGUCAUCAUUACGCGGUUAGGAGUGGCACGACAUAGGUGUACUUAAGUUAUUAAGGUUGCCAGCAUGGGCGACUUGGCAAGC